CCCUCCAGCCCCAGUCCCCGCAGAGUAAAAGUCACGUUGGAAGGAAGAGGGGAGAGAGAUAUCUGCUUACAGCUGCUGUCAGAUAUCCGAUCGGGUUCGCAUGGCGAGGAGGUAACCUGAUCGAGCGGGGAGGAGUGACUCUGCCAGGGAAGGCUCGAACAAAAAAAAAAUGUCUUCUUCUUCUGCCGGAGAGGUCACGGCAGUGAAUGACAUCAAGAGGGAAAAUGUGAAGGAGGUGGAUAAGCGUGAGAGCAUCAAGUUGGUGGCGCUGGACGCGGCGGAGUUGUCCAUGGAGCGCACGGCUCCCAACGCCGACGCGGUGCGCACGGAGCUGCUGGUGAGCGCCGCUUCCUCCCUGGCUUUCUCCCCGGAGCAAGUGGCGUGCGUGUGUGAGGCGCUGCAGCAGGGGGGCAACGUGGACCGGCUGGCGAGGUUCUUGUGGUCCUUACCUCAAAGCGACCUGCUCCGCGGCAACGAAAGCAUUCUGAAAGCCCAAGCCCUCGUUGCCUUCCAUCAGGCGCGCUAUCAGGAGCUCUACAGUAUUUUGGAGAACCAUAGCUUCAACCCGUCCAACCACACCUUUCUGCAGGAACUGUGGUACAAGGCCCGGUACACGGAGGCGGAGAAGGCGCGCGGGAGACCCCUGGGCGCCGUGGAUAAAUACCGGAUCCGGAGGAAAUACCCUCUCCCCAGGACUAUCUGGGACGGCGAGGAGACGGUUUAUUGUUUCAAGGAGAGGUCGCGGAACGCGCUGAAGGAUCUCUACAACCAGAACAGGUACCCGUCUCCAGCCGAGAAACGGAAUCUGGCCAAGAUAACCGGACUCUCCUUGACCCAAGUCAGCAACUGGUUCAAAAACAGGCGGCAGAGGGACAGAAACCCAUCGGAAGCGCAGUCCAAAAGUGAGUCUGAUGGAAACCACAGCACAGAGGACGAGUCCAGUAAGGGCCAGGAGGAGCUGUCCCCUCGUCCUCUCUCCAACUCUUCAGACGGAGUGAUAACCCACGGGAACCUCCCGGCUCAGGCUGGACCUCUGGACGGGGGGGUCGUCAUCCAGCAGAUCGGCGACAUCAAGAUGUCAGGAUCCAGCGGCGGUGGCGUCUACAACGGCAGCCUCGCAGCCACUAAUACUUCCUCCACCGUGUUUCACAAUGGCGGCUCAUCCUACCUCCACUCGCCUGGAAACAUCCUGUUCAACGGGCUCAAUCUGGGCAUCCAGCCGCUGGCGUUCAACCCCCUGAGGCCGCCCAGCGGAGUGCUGCUGGGUGGCUCUGCGGGGGACAUGCACAUGCAGACGGGCCAGGAGAAGGGACUGGGCGGCGCUGAGGAGUCCGUCCUGCAGUACUCCUCCUACUCGGGCUGUGUGAACGGGUCAGAGGUGAAGCUGGAGGGCGUCCACACAAUGGCGGCCCAGAACGGAGGCUCCUCUGUGCUCACCUUCAGCUCGCCGUCUGCAGCUCUGCAGCUCGGCGGCUACAGUCUGGUACCGGUACCGAGCGGAGUCCCUGACAACGACGGCAGCGCGCUGCUCAACAGUGAUGUAGGUCUUCCUCCUCUACAACUGCCGUCUGCUUCAUCUUCCUCAACAAUUACUCAACAAGGUAACAUGUCUCUGAACAACGCAGCGGUGAGCUCGUCCAGUGAAGACUCCUUCCAGCCGCAGGACAAGCUGACCAUGACGUCUCUGCACCACAACAGCGUCCUCUACAGCCUGAGCAACCACACCGCCAUCAAGAAGGAGCCUCUGGACGGCGGCAUUUACUCCUCGUACCACGCCGGGCUGCACCUGGACCCCAGCGGUCAGAUCAGCUACACCGGCCCUGACUCGGCCUCCAGCCACGCCGCCGCCGCCACCACCGACGCCACCGUCAGCUCGUCCAGCUCCGAACCGGAGGUCUACACCACCCUCACCAACAGCACGCCUCUGAUGGCUCCCACGGACCAGGGCGCCCAUCACCACCUGCAGCCGGCAGAGUACCUGGGCUCCCACCAGGUGCACCGAGGGGCCCCGCCCUCACACCUGAUGGGCCCCGGGAUGAACAGCGACUACAUGAACCUGCAGGAGAGCAAGGCGGACGGCUCGGGAUCCGGGGGGAUGAACGAGAUGGUGCGGGCGAUGUGCGGGGAGCUGGAAGAGGGGAAGGAGCUAGCCAAACUACAGACUGUGCAGAUGGACGAGGGCAUGUCCGACCUUUAACCUCAGACUUUGAAGCACUCACAUCCACCUGGGCAGUCAUAUGAUGAAUCUUUUUAC